CGUGCGGCCCGGAGGGGUGUGUGCGGGGGGCCGGAGGCGGCUGUCACUGUCGGCUCAGCCUGCGCCGGGGAACAUUGGCCGCCUCCAGCUCCCGGCGCGGCCCGACCCGGCCCGGCUUGGCCGCCUCAGCAGACAUCGCCUGUCUUGGCAGUCAUGAGGCCUUCCCGGUAUCCCCUGCACACACCCUCCCUGGCUUCACCACUCCUCCUCCUCCUCCUCUCCCUCCUGGGCGGAGGGGCAGGGGCUGAGGGCCGGGAAGACCCACAGCUGCUGGUGAGGGUUCGAGGGGGCCAGCUGAGGGGCAUCCGCCUGAAGGCCCCUGGGGGCCCAGUCUCAGCUUUUCUGGGCAUCCCCUUUGCAGAGCCCCCUGUGGGCUCACGUAGGUUUAUGCCACCAGAGCCCAAGAGGCCCUGGUCAGGAGUGUUGGAUGCUACCGCCUUCCAAAAUGUCUGCUACCAAUAUGUGGAUACCCUGUACCCUGGGUUUGAGGGUACUGAGAUGUGGAACCCCAACCGAGCGCUGAGUGAAGACUGCCUGUAUCUUAACGUGUGGACACCAUAUCCCAGGCCUACUUCUCCCGCCCCUGUCCUCAUCUGGAUCUAUGGGGGUGGCUUCUACAGCGGAGCAUCCUCCUUGGACGUGUAUGAUGGCCGUUUCCUGGCCCAGGUUGAGGGGACCGUAUUGGUAUCUAUGAACUACCGAGUAGGAACCUUUGGCUUCUUGGCCCUGCCGGGCAGCAGAGAAGCCCCUGGCAAUGUAGGCCUGCUGGAUCAACGGCUUGCCUUGCAGUGGGUGCAGGAAAAUAUUGCAGCCUUUGGGGGAAACCCGAUGUCGGUGACUCUGUUUGGGGAGAGUGCAGGUGCAGCCUCCGUGGGCAUGCACAUUCUGUCCCUGCCCAGCCGGAGCCUCUUCCACAGGGCUGUCCUGCAGAGUGGUACACCCAAUGGGCCCUGGGCCACCGUGGGUGCAGGAGAGGCCAGGCGCAGGGCCACACUGCUGGCCCGCCUCGUGGGCUGUCCCCCAGGCGGCGCUGGCGGCAACGACACAGAGCUGAUAGCCUGCCUGCGAUCGCGGCCAGCUCAGGACCUGGUGGACCACGAGUGGCAUGUGCUGCCUCAAGAGAGUAUCUUCCGAUUCUCCUUCGUGCCUGUGGUGGACGGGGACUUCCUCAGUGACACCCCAGAGGCCCUCAUCAAUGCCGGAGAUUUUCAAGACCUGCAGGUGCUGGUGGGUGUGGUGAAGGACGAGGGCUCCUACUUUCUGGUUUACGGGGUCCCAGGCUUCAGCAAAGACAAUGAAUCUCUCAUCAGCCGGGCCCAGUUCCUGGCUGGGGUGCGGAUCGGUGUACCCCAAGCAAGUGACCUGGCGGCCGAGGCUGUGGUCCUACAUUAUACAGACUGGCUGCAUCCUGAGGACCCUGCCCACCUGAGGGAUGCCAUGAGUGCAGUGGUAGGCGACCACAACGUUGUAUGCCCCGUGGCCCAGCUGGCUGGGCGACUGGCUGCCCAAGGGGCCCGGGUCUAUGCCUACGUCUUUGAACACCGUGCCUCCACAUUGACUUGGCCCCUCUGGAUGGGGGUGCCCCAUGGCUAUGAAAUCGAGUUCAUCUUUGGGCUCCCCCUGGACCCUUCACUGAACUACACCAUGGAGGAGAGAAUCUUUGCUCAGCGACUUAUGAAAUACUGGACCAAUUUUGCCCGCACAGGGGACCCCAAUGACCCUCGAGACUCCAAGUCCCCACAGUGGCCACCGUACACCACUGGAGCGCAGCAAUAUGUGAGCCUAAACCUGAAGCCGUUGGAGGUGCGGCGGGGGCUGCGCGCCCAGACCUGCGCCUUCUGGAAUCGCUUUCUCCCCAAAUUGCUCAGCGCCACCGACACGCUGGACGAGGCGGAGCGCCAGUGGAAGGCCGAGUUCCACCGCUGGAGCUCCUACAUGGUGCACUGGAAGAACCAGUUCGACCACUACAGCAAGCAGGAGCGCUGCUCAGACCUGUGACCGGGGACCUCAGGUCCCGCCGCCCUGCCCCAGCCCCUAGCUGUAUAUACACUAUUUAUUUAAGGGCUGGGAUAUAACACAACCGAGCCCCAGGCCCUGCACACCCCGUCCCGACUCCCCCACCAGGGGCUCCCCAUCUUCUGCAUGUCUGGGGCCGAGCCCCCCUCCCCGCGGUGCCUUCGCCCCUCUGGGCCGCCAAUAAACUGUUACAGCCACUAGA